CGUCAACUCCCCUAGAGUGAUCUACCAAAAAAUCUAAUUUAGCUCCGGAAGUUAUUAGAUUCAACACUUUACCUCUGCUUUAAUUUUCUCAAAUAUCCAACACAAAAAUUUUGUCCUGAUGACUCGGUUUCUUCAUAUUCCACUGAUUAUCCUGCUGGUGUUCCCAUCAAUCUUGCAGAAAUCAUUUUGUAAUUCAAUAAUCAAUCCAUUCAAAGUCAAAACCAUCUCAUGGAAACCCAGAGCAUUUGUGUACGAAGGUUUUCUUACGGAAGAAGAAUGCAACCAUUUAAUUUCUCUUGCAAAAUCCGAGCUAAAGAGGUCAGCUGUUGCUGAUAAUCUCUCUGGGAAAAGUGUUCUUAGUGAAGUUCGGACCAGCUCGGGAAUGUUCAUUCCGAAGGGAAAGGAUCCUAUUGUUGCUGGCAUAGAAGAGAAGAUUGCUACAUGGACAUUCUUACCAAAAGAAAAUGGAGAAGACAUUCAAGUUCUGCGGUAUGAGCCUGGACAGAAGUAUGACCCUCAUUACGACUACUUUGCUGACAAGGUCAAUAUAGCUCGUGGGGGCCACCGCACAGCUACUGUGCUAAUGUAUCUUACUGAUGUUAAAAAAGGUGGUGAAACUGUUUUCCCAUCUGCAGAGGAGUCUCCUCGACGUAGGUCUGUCUCGACAGAUAUAGAUUUAUCUGAGUGUGGACGACAAGGUCCUUCAGUGAAGCCACGCAAAGGGGACGCACUUCUGUUUUUCAGUCUUCUCCCGAGCGCUGUCCCAGACCCUGGGAGCCUCCACGCGGGAUGCCCAGUGGACGAGGGCGAAAAGUGGUCAGCUACAAAGUGGAUACACGUUGACUCCUUUGACAAGAUUGUUGGGAACUGCACAGACUCACAUGAGAACUGCGGGAAAUGGGCUUCACUUGGGGAGUGCAGUAAGAACCCGGAUUACAUGAUCGGGUCCUCCGAUAUUCCUGGUUACUGCAAGAAAAGUUGCAAUGCGUGUUGAGACUGUUUGGGUGUUCUGUUGCUGUAGCCUUUAUAUUCCACUUGAUAUUUUGUACUUGUUUCGAUUCUCAGUCUCUGACCAUGUAAUGUUUGUGUUUAAUUAGGGACUAAUUUAUUCUCUGUUGCUUGUUGUAUUAUUCAUUUAUUCUCCAAGCAAGUGUGAUGACGAAAUUUUCAGGUUCUUGCACUAUACAACGUCCCUUAAGUCGAGAUACUUUUUUUUUUUUUAGCAUGGGGCAUAGUGAUGUGGUUAAAAUAGAUGAUGAAAUACGGAAUGAAACAGACGGUUUUGCUAUGGAGCCAUCGGAUGACUAAGCUUAUAGAGUCAUUCAUAGUUAUUCACAAAUGGUGUAUUGACACUGUGUCCUACAAUAAAUAUACAUUAGACAUGUGUCAUUAUAUAAAGUAUUAUAUUCAUCUCCUUGUUAACAUUUUAAAAGU